GGAGAGACGUGGUGAAAUGUUCGCAGCAACCGCGCAUGUUGAUAGCGCAAUUUCUCUUGAAGAAGGAUAAAGAAAAAUAUUAAGUUCAUCCUUUAAGUGUAUCGAAUUGGAAAUCUGUUGUUAAAAUUUCCGUGAUUGUAACAAAUAGUACCAUUUGUAAUAUGGUUUUCAUGUGCAUUGCUCUUGUCUAGGGUGCAAUUCGUGCUUGCUAAAAAUAUACCACCAGUGUUACUCGGAGGAGGCAAAAUUUUGGCAAAAUGUUUUCGGGACUCACUAAUCAGGUCACUUCAUGGAUGGGAAACGUUAAAGGGGAUCAAGAAGAAAAAGUGCCCACUCCUACCGAAGAUAGUAAUGCUCUCGUAAGCCCGGACAAAAAAGACGGCAGUCCCACAAAGCAGAGUGGAGGUGGCAGACUUGAAAUGUUCUCGAACGUGAAAAACCAGAUCGAAGGGAUAGGUGGGUGGUUAGGAUCUAGUAUUCCAAAAUUAAGAAAAGGUGAGACAGAAGGACUUACUGAAGCUCAAGAACCGAUUGCUACAGAAGCUAUUGCACCAGCUUCGGCAGAGACUGCACCAGCAAAAGACGAAGAUGACAAUUCCAGGAAUUAUAGUGCUACCGGAGGUGCAGAUUCAGGGCCACAGUCUGUUACAGAAUCCCCCACUGAAGAGAAAGACAGUCAAUUUGGAAAUGUACAAAGUAAGGCUCUAGCAGGCGCAAAGUCGUUUGGAAGUUUUUUGUAUUCUGCUGUAAAUAAAGCUGGGAAAACCGUAAGCGAGGCCAGUGCUAAAAUCAAAGAAACUGUUGAAAAAAAUAGUAUUUUAGGCGAGUUUAACAAAGAGCAAGAGGCUUUUGUCAAGUCACAAGGUGGAACCACUACUACCGCAUUGCCCCCAUGGGUGGGUUGUGCUAAUGAAGAGGCACUUAAAGAGGAAUGUCUUAGCCUUUCUACAGACAGAAGAAACUUCGUUCGUAGUCCACCAGCUGGUGUAGACUUUCAAUUCGAUUACGAGGUGUCUUAUGGGAUCGCCAUGGCCAUAAUGGAGCAGGACCCUAACUUGGAGAAAAUGCGAUAUGAACUUGUGCCUAAAGUAAUAUCGGAAGAAAAUUUCUGGAGAAAUUACUUUUAUCGUGUUAGCCUAAUUUGUCAGGCCAAUGAGUUGUCCUUUAUGUCUAGAGAAGGAGAUAGUCAAUCUGCUACUGAAACGUAUACUUCGGAUCAGUUAAUAGUAGAUAGUGCAAGUAAAGAUAUGCAUGAGUUUGUGUCCGACACACUGCAAGCCAGUAGUGAGGACUUAGUAGAAGUGCAGGAAGGAAUGAAAAAAUUGGUUUUAGGAGCCAAAAGCAAGGAAGAAGAGUGGGAGAGAGAACUAGAAGCCGAACUACAGGAUUAUGAGUUGGUCAGUGAACAGAAGUCCACGAAUUCUAAAAGUGAUAAUUGGGAGCAGGAAAUCGAAGAAAUGUUACAGGAUGAAACUGAUUUAAAGUAAAACAUUUUUAACACGACUGAUAAUUCAUUCCUCUAUGUUGAGUAAUAUAUAUAUUAACACGUUGGCAAAAAUUUUAUUUCAUCAAUUGACCGAGAUUUUUAGAAGUUAAAUAUAGGUAUAUAUAAUU